AUGGCCGGCGUGAUCGAGCAGCUGGAUGCUCUCAUUGCAAAUACUCUCUCCGCCUGGAACCUCUACACCACCCUGAUUGCUUUGGCUUUGUUCGCAUUUGUAGCAUAUCCUCUCGUGUUUUGGGCCGAGCCCGAUACUCAUCCUCUGCUUCUUGCCCGUCAGGCUGCUGCUUCUCCUGUCCGUCAGCCCCGCGAGUCCGCCGUCUACCGCUCGACCGAAGUUCCUCAUGGCUACGCCUUGAAGACUGGUCUCUCGGUCCGCGAGCCCGGUGCCCCCAAAUGGACUGCCGGUAGAGAUGGUGAUCUCAGAGACGUUUGGCGUGAGGCUGUCAGUUCCUCAUCAGCCAAGGCCACCAUCUCGUCUGUCCAUGGAAGUGACGCUCCUGUUGAGCACGACCUUGCCCAUCUCUCCAAACUUAUCAACAUCAUUGGCUCCCAUUUGCAAAAGUCAGGUGUCCAGAGGGUUGCCAUCUACUCACCAAACUCGGUCGAAUACCUCGUCACAAUUUUUGCAUGUUCGUUCUUUGGCCUAACCCUUGUUCUUGUCCCUUUCAAUCAGGACCAUGCUGUGGUUUGCAAGCUUCUGGAACAAACACAGGCCCAAGCCGUAGUCGCUACUGCUGGUUCCUUGCCACUUGCCGGUCUCACUGAAGGCGUUUCAUCUUUGCAUCAAGUCAUCUGGGUCACCGAUUCUGCCAACAAGCACAUGGACUGGCAAGGUGCCUCUGAACACGAGACCAAGGGCAAGCUUGCUGUAUCUGUCUGGGACAAUCUUCUAGUAGAGGCUUCCUCGACAAGUAGCGAACUGCCUAAGAAUGACGAGAGUGUGGUUCCUGGCAACUUGAUCUUCCUCUGGCANAAAAGUCCUAAUUCUCCUGCCAAGGUGGUCGAGUUCACUCAGAAGGUACAAAGCCAAAGUCCACAAUACUUUGAAACCACUUACUUACAACAUGUANNGAACAUGGUCGCUGCCAUUGCCGCUUUGAUAUCAGCCUUGCCCCUGCGCCAGCGUCUGGGCCCUUCGGAUCUUGUGUUGCCGGCUGAUUCGUUCAGUCAUUCCUAUGUCUUGUCGCUGACCAUGGCCGCACUCUUCAGUCACAGUUCUUUGGCCAUCAACUCUGUUGCUAGCAGCGGUGUCGAUCUUGCUCUUGCUUCUCGCGGUGUGGCGCCUACAGUACUCAUUGCUUCAUCGCAGUCUCUUGCAAACUUGCACCAGACUCACAUGUCUGGAACGUCUUCUGGCCUUCAGAAGUUUGUACACUCAAAUCAUGGUCGUGUUCUCGCCGCUGGUCGCAUGCCUGGAGAGGACAUGUUGUACCGACUGUCCGCUCCUAAGGGUAAGGCUAUUGGCACUUCGCCUGGCAAGCUGCGUCUAAUUCUCGCUUCUGAGAGAGCGGGCACCGAGGCCGAAACGUUGAGCAGUGCUGCCCUUCGUGAUCUUCGCAUAAUCACACGCUCUAGAAUCUGCUAUGCUCUGACGGCCCCUUCGGUGGCGGGCGCUGUUGCACAAACCAACAUCUACGACUACAGGCACGAGGACCGACCAGGACACAGCCACUUUGGUGCGCCUCUGAGCAGUGUCGAGAUCAAGCUUGUGGACAAGGACGAUAGGAAGGUCGACGGUAGUACACCUUCAGGCGAGAUCGUUGUCUCUGGUCCUGCUGUCGUUGGAGGUGAAAGCAACCUUGGAGUGAGGGGCGUCUUCCGCGAGGACUGCACCUUGGGUUAUGCGUAA